CAUUUGCUUAGUGACAUAAUUCCAAACCACCUAAAUCCCAUCUGAAUAUGAUUAAAGUUCUGUUAUCACAAUCUGUCAUUCCAGAAAUUAAUCCAAAGGCUCAUGAGCAUGGGAGCCUCAGAUUCUUCUACAAGCUCCCAAUCCCUAAUUGAACAUCAACAACAAGAACUAGAAUCACAGCCUCAAAUCACCACCAAGAAUCCCAAAAAACUUGCCCUUAUCCCACUAGUUUUCCUUAUCUAUUUUGAGGUCUCUGGAGGUCCUUAUGGUGAAGAACCAGCAGUUGGUGCAGCUGGUCCACUCUUUGCCAUUCUUGGCUUCCUCAUCUUCCCAUUCAUUUGGAGCAUCCCUGAGGCCCUUGUCACCGCUGAGCUGGCCACCGCCUUCCCCGGAAAUGGUGGUUUUGUCAUCUGGGCACACCAGGCCUUUGGACCCUUCUGGGGCUCCCUAAUGGGAUCUUGGAAAUUCCUCAGUGGAGUCAUCAAUUUAGCUUCAUAUCCUAUUCUUUGUGUUGACUAUCUCAAGCUGGUAAUCCCAAUUUUCUCUUCAGGCCUUCCUCGAUUUUUUGCAAUAUUUUUAUCUACUGUAGUGCUCUCAUGUUUGAAUUAUUCUGGUUUGAGUAUUGUUGGUUACACUGCAGUAGGUUUAGGAAUAUUGUCACUGUGUCCAUUUAUAGUAAUGUCUUUGGUUGCAAUUCCCAAGAUUGAUCCUAGCAGAUGGAUCAGUUUGGGACAAAAGGGUGUGGAAAAAGAUUGGACUUUGUAUAUAAACACCUUAUUCUGGAACUUAAAUUUUUGGGACAAUGCCAGUACAUUAGCUGGUGAAGUUGAACAACCCCAAAAGAUGUACCCAAAAGCACUUUUUUCAGCUGGCAUUCUCACAUGUUUGGGGUACAUAGUUCCUCUCCUAGCUGCAACUGGUGCUAUUCCACUUGAACAAGAAGAUUGGGUUGAUGGGUAUUUUGCUUCAGCUGGAGAAGUGAUUGCUGGGAAGUGGUUGAAAUACUGGAUCGAAAUUGGUGCUGUUUUAUCAAUCAUUGGACUGUUUGAAGCUCAGUUAAGUAGCUGUGCAUACCAGCUUUUGGGCAUGGCAGACUUGGGGAUUUCACCGGUAAUUUUUGGGUCACGGUCUAAAUGGUUCAACACACCUUGGUUAGGAAUUCUCAUUUCAACAGUUUUCGCACUAUCGGUUUCUUACUUGGAUUUCGCAGACAUUAUAUCUUCUGCUAAUUUCCUGUACAGUUUGGGAAUGCUAUUAGAGUUUGCAUCUUUUCUUUGGUUGAGAGUGAAGUUUCCAGGUCUAGGAAGGCCAUUUAAAGUUCCAAUGGACAUGAGAGGGUUGAUCGUCAUGUGUUUGAUUCCAUCAGGGUUUUUGGUCUAUGUUCUGGCUGUGGCUACCAAAGCUGUUUAUUUGGUUAGUGCAUUGAUGACUCUGUUUGGAAUUGUUUGGUACUUUUUUAUGAAUCUCUGCAAAUCAAAGAUGUGGUUUGAAUUUAACAAGGGUGAACAAAAAUUGGAAAUACGAGGACAUGAGUGAGUGAGCUGUUCUAUGCGAGCCAUUUUGACAAUGUUGAAGUAGGAGUCUCACUUUUGAAGCUACUUGACGGCUCCUCAAUCACUCUUCUCUACUAAAAAGCUUCGUAUUGAAGAGAAACCAGAUGAGCAUGCAGUUGAAAAUCCCUCAGCAACAGAAACUACAACUACUACCACUACUUCCCAGUAGCUGCACUAAAAUCCAUUGUUUGUAGUACAAUGAAUAGAACUUCCUGUCUUUUGUAAAUAAAGAUGUAAUUAAGAA